AGUCACUGCACCCGCAGUGCGAGAACAUGAAGCGCGGGUUACAUCCAAGAGCAAAUUACUGAGUACAGCGCUUCACCAUCGAACUGUUCACAAAUAUCUGCUUGUAGUUUCGCAAGAGAUCGCCUGAGUUGUUAUUCUACGUGCGCCAUUGCUCGCGUGCGCAUUGCGGAUCAUUCUUGCAGGGUGUUGAGAGGCAGGACAAUAAUGCUCCUCGCUACCAAGCCACGUGCGGUCAUAACCAGGUGUAGAAUUCGGCGGGACGAUGUUUCCUGGUUGGUUCAUCUACAGCGCAUUCGUUUUGACCCUCGCUUCUACAGCAUCUCCGGACGUCUCUCAAUGUAAAAAGUGUCGUGCCCAUCGCGACGACUGCUCGCACUGUUACAUUUCUCAUCGCAGCGAAAGUGAUGGAGAAAGGAUUCGAAUAAAGCAAACCAGUCUUGCUGGGAGGAGCUUUGGCUCCUUGAUAACGGCGUGCUCUUCUUUGGCAGUUCUGGUCAAUCAGCUAUCAAUCCAUUUAAUUACGGAAACACCUGGGCACUUUCCUGGUGCUGGAUAUGUCGCGGUGUGGGCCUUUGCCUUUUGUUACGUCGUUGUCUGCGAUCAUACUACAGAGGCAAUAACAAGCAUCACGCGCACGGUAUUUCUGAUGCUGCGUCUCUUCGACCUACUCGGGUCAUGUCUUGGGCCCUUACCAGUUCAAGAGCAAAUCCGUGUUGAGACUCACAUCAGAUCUGAUUGGCCACUUUACAAAUGUAGAGCUUGUGGUCAUCACCGUGUCCAUAGAGUUGCUCUCCGGGUGGAGCUGAUUGAAGUACAGAUGCGGCUCAACGUAGAUGACUCGUCACCAGCGCAGCGCUCCCAGUGCAAGAAAACCCUUGCUGCUCACAUGGAAAAUCGAUAUGCACUUCGUCCGGGGUCGUUUCCUUACAGACAUUCCAGACGAGACGGUUCACAAGAAGUAAGGCCCUUCACCUUUCCGCUCACCAAAAAAUUGGAGGUGCAGUGCAUAGGUGAAGAGUCGCAGUCACAGCGGCGUAGCUUUCGCAGAUGGUAUUUGCACCCUCGAGGCUCAUCGGCAGAGCGAUGAGCGAGUGCAGUUCGUGGCCAGAAAAGGCAGCUUGUGCCCUUCGGAUCAGAUGCAGAUCAUAAGGUUCAUUUCGACGAACUUCAAUGAAUGUAAAAUCUCCGUCUACAUCGCCCAGCCGAACGCGUCGUUGGCGACACU